AUGGUGGGCGCAAAGAUAGGAGGGCGUCCCAAAAAUGCCUGGACAUCUUCAAGGAAGAGAAAAUUGGUGCGGCUGUACAGUCUGACGACGCUUGACAAGGACGAGAUUCGGCAGGUCCUAAAAGAUCAUGAUUUCGAUCCAUGUUCGAGCGACAUUCAGAAAAAGCUUAGAGAACUCUUCCCUCGGGACUACAGCAAAGAGUACCGAAGAUAUCGCCCGUCUGGUGAUUCCCAGAUGGCCAGUCGCUUGAGUGCCAUCAAACCUGUUUCCAGGGGGAGUUCUACUGGGAAAAACAACGCCAUUUCUCUGCAACGCUCUAUCGUUCGGGUUUCAGACUUUAAAGGACCUGAGACCGCAUUUCGCAAUAAUUCCUUGUCUCAGCCGGACACAUUGCCAAUCGUCUCUACAGGUCAUCUUGAUAUUCGAGGCGCUGAAAAGGUUAAUCCGCAACUUCUGCUGCUUGAUGGAUCCAGCAUCUCGCAACUGCAAAACAGCGCCGGAGAAACCUCACCACCGAAGGCUGUACCCGGAGCCUCUGCAAAAUAUUCCCAGCCAAACUCCGCAGUGGAAAUGCAGAAGGAACAGAACGGAAUCAUUUCACGAACAUUCUGCCAUAACGGUGUUCGGAGUCUUUAA